AAACCCAGCUAGGUUCUGGUAUGCAAUAUCAUAAACCUUAAUCAUUUAUGUCGAUUUUUUUAGGGCCGCUAUUGCGUGUGUUCUGUGAUGACGCGGUGGUCAGGUGUUGCCUCUUAUACGAGGGGAGCUGUCCAAGUGCUGAACCAGAAGAAAACAGCACCGCUCCCGAGGAGAUGCCAUACACCUUCGCCGCUGUCUGAGCUUCAUUACCAAAGGUAACAAAUUGCCUAUAAUGCUGCAUUUCCACCACAAGUUGCCCGUGGGGGGAGCCGUGGUCCUGCUCGCCUUCCUGCUCCAUGGAUGCACCGUGCAGGCUGCGUCUCUCCCCCGCCACUACAGGCUCCGGGGAGGAGAGAGUGAGGCGCAGCCGGCUGCAUACCCACCUGGCUCCGACAUGAUGAAAGCCCUGGAGUACAUUGAGAAUCUGAAGCAGCGUAACGGGGGACGACCUGAGCCCGCGGAUUACGACGAAGUGGAAAAGUUCAGGGUCCUGCUUCAGCUCGCCUCGCAGCAGGACGAGAGUCCUGGGGACCGUCAGCCAGCCCCCGGGAUACAGAGGCAGGACAUUACCGCUGAGCAGCUGAUGAAAGCCCUGCUCAGCUCUCUCCAGGAUCGGGCUGGAAAAGACACGAAGCUCGCUCCCGUUUCAGCGCCCCGGAACGACCGCCGCACGCACAGGCACCGUACCAAAGACACGGAAGUCCCGCAGAGCCCACCGUCAGAAUACAGUAACUUCCCCAGACCCCACAAGAAAUAUCCGCUGAUGUUUGAGGACGAGGAGAACACAGACGCUUCCAAGCGGGCCACAGAGGACCUGGAUGAGCAGUACACACCUCAGAGCCUCGCCAAUUUACGCUCCAUCUUUGAAGAGCUUGGGAGGAUGCCCACGAUCGGGGGACAGAAGAGAGAUGUGUUCGGGGACGAUGAUGACGAAGAGGAGGACGGGUUCAGUCUGAGAAGCCAGGCAUACGAGGAUGUGGCAGGAGGAGAGGAGUGGGUCCCCGUGGAGGAGAGGGAGGAGACGGAGGAAAUGGAGAACGGGAGCCACGAAGAAAUGGAAAGGGCGAUCGGUGAGCAGGAGGAAGCAGACAGGGAGGAGAUGCAACGCCGGGCGAGCCAGAACCAAGAGGAGGGGGAAGAUGAUACUAAGAUGGUAGACUACUACCUGCUGAAAGUCCUGGAAAUGAGUGAUCAAACGCAGAAAAGGGAUGCGACCGGAGAGCAGAGAAAGAGACUGAUCCGUCCCUCCAUAGUGGACCCUCGGACAUUGAAGGACUUGCUGCAGCUCUCCCUGAAGCUCCACGUCCCCCCACAGGACCUUAUCGACAUGCUGCUCACAGAGGAGCUCAGGAAGCUGCACAGAGAGCCUCCGUCCUCCUCUCGCUUCACCACCGGCCAGACCCCAAAGAUCAGGUACUACAGCCGCAGACUGCCGGUGAAGAGCAAGCCCAUCCACGACGACAUGGACAGAGAAGACUUUUUGGACAUCAUUGGAGUGGAGACUAUCAGUAACGAGUAUCCCUUGGUGCAGAGGCCAAUGAAAACACCCCCAUCCGCAGACAGAAUCCCAGUGGCGUCCAUUCCUGUUGCAAAACAAAGUCCGGUUAAAAUCCCUGCCCCCUCCGGGCGCAGGGAGAACCUAUUCUUGUCGGAGCUCAACAAAAUGCCGCUGAAACGUCAGUCUGAUGUCGCUGAUGAUGAAGACGAUGAUGGUGGCGAUGUGGAAGACGAGGUGACCACAUACCUGGCGGCCAAAAUCCUCACAGAGUACCCCAACCCCAUCUCCAAACGGGACACCCAGGCGCAGCUGAAGGGACAGUUCCCCUUUGACCUGUACGAGCGGGUCAUGAAGGAUUACUUGGGGCAAGCGGACACUGACCUGAGGCCAGUGGUCAAGAGGGAGACCGAGGGGGCCACAGAGGACAACGUUGAGCCCCCAGAGAUGCAGGGGAACGAGGAGAUAGCGGCCAAGACCUCGGCUCCUCAGACCGUAAAUGAAGAGGAGCACCGUGAAAAAACUGCGGCUGGGAUGUAGCCUGAUGCCCUGCAAGACGCACGAAAUGAUCAAUAUAGUAUUUAUAAUGUCUCAAAAAAAAAGUUUGGUGGACGUGAUCUCGUUUACAAAUUUAUAUUAUAGCUGGUAUUACUAAUAUCACCCAAACGAAAAAAUAACUAUAGCAAACUUACAGGUCCAACACAUUUUUAAAAUAUAUACUAGUCCCUACUUGCUGCAGGAACAUUGUAAAAAUAUUAUAAUGAUAUCAUAGAAGAUUAAAAGGUGCAAUCCGUGCAUACAUGAGAAAAACAAAAUAUAUCCUUAAAACAUUUUUGAUUUGUUGUCACUCUUAAAUUGCCAAUUAAAACAUUGACUAAAAUAAAAAUCUCAAUGAAAUCCAAGUUAUUCACGUUUUGUGAUGUUGUAAAAAGUUUGUUUACAUUAAUGGUGUUGUAAACAGGCCUAUAUUUUCAAUUAUAAUCAACUGAGUAAUGGUAUAAAAUGCUUAUUUUUCAUCCAUGUCAAACUAUUCAAUUACAUAUGUGAAUAUAUCUGUAAAUUAUAAAGUAUAAUGCUGACUCGGCCUUAACACAAGCGUACAGUAUGACAGAAGUACUACAGGAACAUUACAUGCCGGGUUGAGAACGAGUGUUGUUGUGACUCGUGAUAUAAUCAGGGUUAGUGAAUUCAAUGUUAUUAUUAUGGAUAAUUAUUUCCAAGUCUAAAUAUCAGACCGUCGCCUGCCUUCCAACCCUUUCAUACUGCGAAGCUCUGUAUUGUUGGCCUACCAGUGGUUGUGCUAUGUAUGCUCAUUUUUAAAUCAUUUUGUACAUGUUCAAUAAUGUGUGAUGAAUCACAGAUGAAUAAAGCAUCAGAUGUAUUAUUUUUCUU